UUUGUGUGUUUGUGAUUGCGAGUGUGUGUUAACUGCUCCACAUUGUGCAGGUGGUGUGUGUGUGUGUGUGUGUGUGUGUGUGUGUGUGUGUGUGUGUGUGUGUGUGUGUGUGACAGCUGUUCUCUCUCUGAUCUUGUUACCUUUCAGCCUCUUACUGUCAGAUUACAGCAGCAGACGACUCACACACUCUCAGGAUGGAGCAGAGAGGAGCUCCUGGUCCUGGUCUGGUCCUCCUGCUGCUGGUCCUGGUCCCGGUCCCGGUCCCGGCUCAGGUCCGACACCCCCUCCCCGUCCUGUUAAUGAUGCCGGUCAGCUCGGGGCCGGGUCGGGGGGGCAGCCUGACCUGGUCCCUGGCCCCAGCCGUCCACAUGGCUCUGCAGGACCUGAAGACUCAACCGGGACCUCUCGGGAACUACGAGAUCCAGCUCCAGCUGCUGGACUCACAGUGCGACCCGGCCGAGGCGCUCCGAGCUCUGUUCGACGCCGUGUGGGCGGGGCCUCGCUACCUGCUGCUGCUGGGGGGGGCGUGUCCGUCGGUGACGGCUCUGAUUGGUCGAGCUCUGCCGGCUCUCCACCUGCUGCAGGUGUCGUUUGCGUCCCCGUCCCCCAGCGUUCUGUCCAACAGGAAGCUGUACGGCGGCGUGUUCUCCGUGGCGCCGUCUCAGCGCUCGCUCCACCAGGCGCUGCUGAAGCUGCUGCAGAGGUUCAGGUGGAGCAGAGUCGCUCUGAUCACAGAGGAGGGGGGGCAGGGGGCAGAGAUGAAGAAGGACCUGGUGAAACAGAUCCUGAAGGUUCCUGAUGACGUUCAGCUGGUUUCUGCACAAAGUCUCUCAUCAGACGUCUGCAGCAGCCUGAAGACACUCAAGGACAAAGACGUUCGUAUCAUCAUCGGACAGUUUGAGGACGAUUCUGUCCCCGAGGUCUUCUGCUGUGCGUACAGGCUGAACAUGUUUGGCUCUGGGUACCAGUGGCUGCUGGUGGGAGGAGGAUCAGCCGUCUGGAGCUCCUCCAGCUGCUCUGCUGACAGUCUGCUGACGGCGGCUGAAGGAUCCUUCAGGCUGCAGAUAAAAACCUUCAGCAGCAGCAACAUGACGGGGGUCUCUGGACGGACUCCUCAGGACUACCGGGACUCCUACCACAGACAGCUGAGCCAGCAGGGGUCAAAGGUCAGCCCCCUCCACGGCUUCGCCUACGACGCCGUCUGGGUGGCGGCGAGCGCUCUGAGCGCCGCCAUGGAGACGGCCAAGCACCGAGAGAAAUACAGCAGCCAGAGACCCCACAGCGUCAGCCAGGAGGAGGUCCACACACUGCUGCUGGACAAACUGAGACACACACAGCUGCAGGGAGUCACGGGUCCAGUUUCCUUCAGGAACGGGGAGAGGAUGGGCUCCAUCGAGCUGAUCCAGGUUCAGGGUGGAAUGGACGUGUCGGUGGGAGACUUCAGCACCUCCACCCAGCAGCUGAGACUCUUCAACCAGCUGCUCAAGUUUAAAGGUCCAGGACCAGCCAGAGACCGGACCCUGGUCCUGGAGCAGCGGCUGCAGGUCGGCCUGCUCCUCUACGCCACCAUGUCGUCAGCUGCAGCCGUCACCAUCUUCAUCACUCUGAGCGUCCUCUUCCUCACCGCCAUCAACCACAAACACCGGCUGCUGAGGUCCAGGUCUGGGUCUCAGGACGUUCUGCUGCUGAUCGGCGUCCUGCUCUCCUCGUCCUCCGUCCUCGUCUCCGGUCUGGACGGAGCCUCGCUGUCCCACCACACGCUAGAAGUCCUCUGCUCUGUCCGUCUGUGGACUCUCUCUGUGGGACACAUGCUGGGCCUCGCUGUGCUGCUCAUCAGAACCUGGAGGCUUCAUUCUCUGCACAGCACCAAACAGACGCCGGCGUGCUGUGGCGUGCUGCUCUUGAUCCUCCUGCUGGAUGUGUUCGUUUUAACCUCGUGGCAGAUCCUGGACCCUCUCAGACGGGUGGUGCUGCAGCACAGCUCACAGAGCGACCCAGCUGACCAGGACGUUGUUGUGCAUCUGUACUCUGAGCUCUGCAGCAGCUCCGACAUGGAUCUGUGGCUCACCGCCGUGUACGGAUACAAAGCUCCUCUGCUGGGUCUGGCGUGCUUCGUGGCGUGGAGCAUCAGGGCGCUGCAGGUGGAUCCUCCGGCCGUCAGCAGUAAACGGCUGAGUGUGAGUGUGUUCGCUGUGACCGUGUUCAGCGUGUCGGGAGCGUCGGGGUCGCUGCUGACGUCCCACAAUCCUCCUCUCCACUUCUGUGUGACCAGCGUGCUCAUCCUCGGCUGUAACGUCUUCACUCUGAGCUGUUUGUUCGGGCCGCAGUUGCUGCACGGUGGCGAGCUGCAAGGUGAAGCUACAGACGGAGAGGAGGAAGACAAAAAGAAGAAGAAGAAGACGAAAAAGAAGAAGCUGAGCCGGUUAAACCAGCAGCUGAGGAGUCGAACUGCUCAGCUGGAUGUAGAAAUAGAAACCAUCAGCAUGCAGCUCUACGACACCUGCGAGCAGCUUCACCGCACGACCAGACCAAACAACGCAGGGGAGGUCCGGGCCGUGACCUGGGCUCAUGCAGCUCAGAUCUGUCCCGACCACAGACACUCCAGUGGAGACGCCAUCAACUCUCCUGAACUCGUGCGGCGGCGUCUGUCGGUGCAGCUGCCGAUCCUCCACCUGUCCUACCUGCCGGCCGUCGGAGGCGUCAGCGCCAGCAGCUCCAGCCUGUUCGGCAGCCAGGACGUCUUCAUCUACCACGAUGACAACUUCCUGUUCACCACGCGACAACCGGCGCCACGUUACUGCUGAACCAAUCAGACGGCGGCUGGGACCUUCUGAACCAGAUGAUUCUGAUUAUUCAUUUCUAUAUAUUAUUAUUAUUAUGAUAUCUGGAAACACUGACUCUUUGUUUGAACCUAACAGUCACACUGUUACUGAUCGAUGACUUGAUUUGUAAUUAAAAUGUAAAGGAGUUAUGAUUUUUGCCAUUAAAAUGUUUUAUAUCCUAAA